CCUUCCACCGGGGGCACACGGCAGCAGCAACACUUCCGCAAACUGUAAUUUUAUACAUUUGACAUCUAAAAUGGGCCUUCGGAGCGCCACCUCAUUCUCUCAUCACAUGCAACGCCCGCUCAUCGAUGACUCGUACAUUUUGUAGCGCAAGGGGUGGUUUCAGCUAGUAGUGAAGGCUUGUGUGUGGACAUUAGCUAGCCAGCUAAUGGUAGCUAGCUAACUCAUUGUGGAAUUGAAGACGCUUUUCAAGAACAGAUUUUCGACACGAUUGCCCCACUUGACAGCUAUAAUAUCUACGAGGAAUUGGACAAUAUACAAAUCUGCUACCUAAACUUACGUUGGCUCGCUUCUCUGCUAAGAUUUGCUAGCUAACAAGAAAGGAUAUUGCGGUGACUUAGUCAACAUCUACCUAGCCCAGGUUUAUUUUAAGAUUCUUCAAUCGGUGCCAUAUUAUCUAACGUUGCACGUCUUGGUGUUCAGCCUCUUUUGGUGCCAUUUGUUAAUUUUUUGACAAGGGACCAAAUCAAAACCAACGCUAGCUAGCCAACAACGUUGGAGAAAAAACAAUCACGACGUGAGACCGGGUAACUGGUGUCCUAGAUAACGUUAAGAUAAAUAGCUAGCCAGCUAACGUUAACGUAGCUGUCUGAAGAAAAAAAACAAGGGAAGACGCUAUAGUUGUCCAAAAACGGGGUCUAGAUAUUUUUAUCCUGGUUGCUGAGGAACACCGAUAAAUCCAUUGACAUGAUGUUUCCACAAUCAAGACACUCGGCUUCCUCCCAGUCCUCCCAGCCUCUCAAGUUCACCACCUCCGACUCCUGCGACCGCAUUAAGGACGAGUUUCAGUUCCUACAAGCACAAUACCAUAGCUUGAAGAUGGAGUGUGACAAGCUAGCUAGUGAGAAGUCAGAGAUGCAGCGUCAUUACAUAAUGUACUACGAGAUGUCUUAUGGACUGAACAUUGAAAUGCACAAACAGGCUGAGAUCGUGAAGAGACUAAACGGGAUCUGUGCCCAGGUGCUCCCUUACCUAUCUCAAGAGCAUCAGCAGCAGGUCCUAGGGGCCAUAGAGAGAGCCAAGCAGGUCACUCCUCCUGAGAUGAACUCUAUCAUACGGCAGCUCCAGGUGCACCAGUUGUCUCAGCUCCAGGGCUUGGGCCUCCCCACGAUGGCCCCUCUCCCUAUGGGCCUGUCUGCUCCCAGCCUCCCUCCAACCUCCAGCGCCGGACUGAUGUCCCUGUCCUCCAUCCUGGCCUCGCACUCUCACUCACAGGCAGCACAUGCACAGGCUCAGGCCCAGCUGGCUAAAGAAGACAAGGCCAGAGACGCAGCAGAGAGAGAACAGAGGGAAGAGGACGGAGACAAGUCCGACUGAUGGUGGAGCGUAGAGAGGGGUGAGACAAGUUGGACUGAUGGACAACCAGGCGUGGAUCUACUGUGGGAGGGCUAAGGGGAGGGGGGUGGUGAGUUGAGUGUUCAUACAGUAGGUGUCACACUGUGGUUCAUCUCAGUAACUCUCUGGGCCUCCACUCCAUUGCUUUCUUAUCCUUCUUUUUCAUCUUCUAUCAUCAAAUCAGUUCAUCACCAAGCCUGUUGGACAGGUCUCCUCUGUCUGACUCCUUCCUCUUUUCCUUUCCUCCUCUGUUCACUAUUGCCGCUGACAACCCAUUGCCAACAGAUACUACCCUGACCUCUAACCCAGAGAUGUGGACUCGAGUCACGUGACUUGGACAUUUCAUGACUUGAUACUUGACUUGGCAAAAAGAAACAAACACUUGCCAAUCGACAUUGACUUGAGCAUUUAUGACUGGUGACUUUACUUGGACAAGCUAUGUGAGUCGAGACUCGGUUUGUCAUUUUGCUCACAAGGUAGGCCUCUCUGUCCUUCAUAUCGGAGUGCUGCAGGUUUUUUGACUUUUGUUCUGUCUUCACCAAUCAUAUUCACGGAAAUCACAACUCUCGCAGGCCGGGCACAAAGCACGUCAUCUAGCAAAGCGCGCCACUCUCCACUGUCCUGCGGUAUUUAUUUAGCAAACGUGAUAACACAUCAUUCCCAACAAACAAAAGCAAGAACUCUUAACAGAAAUGUUUCAGCAGCCUACACCUAAACUGUAUGGGAGGAAAACGAGAUGACUUCUCAGUCUGAUCAGCUAGGCUACUGAUAACAACCAGGUGGUAAUGUUAUGUAGCCUAUUUUAUAGACCAUUUAUUUGUGUUAGGAGAAAAUGUGACUGAUUAAAUUUGGUGUCAAUUGAAUUCAAACUUGGACUGGCUAGGCUGCCUUGACCUUUUCAAUCCAAAACUAUUAACUGAAAUGAAUCAAACACUACUGAUUUACAUGGACUGUGUGAGUUACUUUUGAAUUAAAGUUGCAGAGGCCUACACGAUGCAAACCUGCAUAAAGCAAGCCUAGCCCUGUGAGUUGUAUUGUCCAAUUGCAAUUGUUGUGUCUGUAGAGGAAACCGCUGUUAAGUCAGUUUGUAAAACACGUUGGUCCAAAAUCAUUGCAAUGAAAUUGGCAAAAAAAAACACUUAGCCUUUGACUUGAGGACCCGAAACCCAAAAUUAGGGACUUGUGACUUGACUCGACCUGAGCUGUGGGACUUGACUUGGGACUUGCCCGUUAUUUCUUGGGACUUGCAAAAUUGUGACUUGGUCCCAUCUCAGCUCUAACCCUUUAACCCCUGACCUCUGUUCCUCUUCUCCUAGUAGAAGUUGCCCUUAAGCUCAGAUUUAAACAAUCAAAACAUUACUGACCUUUGAUCAGUGUCUACGGACGACUUCCUCCUGUAGGUCUCUGCUGAUUGGCUGCAGAGUUACUGCUAACUCUGCUCACUGAUCUCACAGACAGUGUUCUGAAAGGGCCACUUGAAUAAGACAGUCAAGUGUAAAAGUCAGGAGCUGAGGAAAUGUCGCCUCCUUGGGUGGGUGUGUCUGUGUGCAAACUUAUGUUUUAUUCUUAUGAACCACCUUUUCCUAUUCUCCCUCCCGCCCCUGUCUGUCCACUCUCUUAACUGACCAAGUCUAUGGUCCAGUCCCAAAUCAACACCUAGCACCUAGGCACUCCCCCCCCCCCCCCCCCCCUAGACAGAGGAAGUGUCCAAGGGGUAAGGGUUGAUUCUGGACGGGGCCUACAUUUUAAUGGGAACAAAGCUUCACAUCAAUCAUGUUCUCAUUCAGAUCUAUUGGUGGAAAGGGAGAGGAAUAUAUUUGCAUAUGUCGUUCUGUUGGUUAGCAUAGCACUUGGAGCUAGAACACAGCUGUAGCGCACUAACCUAUAACCUACCCGCAGAUGCAUAACUGUCUUUCUAAUUCGAGGCGAUAAGGUUUAGUUCUUCUCCAGGACAGUAGGUGGCAGCAAAGCCAAACCAGACCCAGGGCUGUAUUCAAUCAAACCCCCAUUACAGUAUUUACACAGACUUUACCCCCCCCAAUGGGUUAAUUAAAAUCACAGGACCCUAAAAACCUACUGCUGCCAGGUAGACUCCCCUCACAGGUAGAUGUCUAAAUGUUCAGAAUGAGAAGAGCGUUUUUGGGCUGUAGUUUGUAAACCAAGACACUGUAAACUUUGCUAUGGCAGGUUUGAUUGAAUGUAGAGAGAAACUUGGACAUGAAUGGUUUGUGUUUCUGUUGUGAAGGGCCCAUUUAUAUAUCAAUAUACAUAUAUACUUUUUAAAGCAUUUUUGUAUGUUUCAAAGCUGCUUUUGGUGUGUAUGCGUGUGAUGGAAGACGACGUGUCAGUGCAGCGUGUGUAUUAUGUGAUGUGCUAUGGAAAGAGGUACUACCCAAUAUCCCCCCCCCCCCCCCCUCCUCUCCUGCCCCCUUGACAAUGCUGAGGAAAUGUCGCCUCCUUGUUGAGCUUUGUAAAUGUAAUUUUUAAAACUCUUCAUUUUUGUCAUUGUAUGUGAAACUUCAUAGGUGUGUACUUGGCGAUAAUGUAUGUCAUUUGUGUUAUGAAAAACCAAUACUUAUAGCUUCAUUUAAAAGACGUGGCGGGGAAAUGUCACAUCUAAUGUAAACCAACCAAACCGAAACAUUGACUACACAACAUGACUGAAAGCGCUCGGCAGUAAGGAAAUGUCUAUGGUGCCUUACAAAUAAAUGACUCAACGGA